CCAAGAAAAUUUGUAAAACCACCAGGUCUUUGUUCCAAAGUAGAUUUCUUACAAACUCAUAAAAAACUGAGUAGAAGCACCUGAGAAUUCAUGAAAGCCAUCAGCUGUGGUGAGCCCUUAUCUGCCUUGCAAAGGGUGGCUUUGAACUCAUAAGAGCGACCUGGACUUCAAAGCAAAAAAGACAACUCUGUUUCAAAAAUCAGGUAAAGAAUGAAGCUUUAUUCUUUUAAAAGAGCCUCUACAGAAACCUUGGGAAAGAUAAGGCCAACAUGAGUGGAAUUAGGUGGAAAUACUUGUGAAGUAUGCAGGUGUUGCCAUUGUGACAACAUGCUGACAUGAUUAAAACCCACAAAAGCAGAUGUGAAAGUUCUGACCUGCUCCCAGAAUUUGUAUAUCAACUCUUUAACAGAUCUUCUGCUGAAGACAUUGACCUACAAAGUAAGAUAAAUGCACUAGGAAUAAAAAUGACCACCCCAACCCAACCUCACUUGACAAUAGUUAAUCCUCCGCCUCCAAAAUAUAUCAAUGUCCAAGGAACUGGCCGUUUAACAAAUCAGCUUCAAUAUCUGCAGAAGGUGGUCAUGAAAGCGAUGUGGAGGCAUAGCUUUUCUUGGCCAUUUCAUCAACCUGUAGAUGCUGCAGGUUUAAAACUUCCGGAUUAUUAUAAUAUUAUUAAAAACCCAAUGGAUUUGACCACCAUUCAGAAACGCCUGGAGCAUAACUAUUACACAUGUGCAGCGGAAUGUAUUGAAAACUUUAAAACAAUGUUUGCAAACUGCUAUUUGUACAAUAAGCCGGGUGAUGACAUUGUUUUCAUGGCUCAGGAGCUAGAAAAAGUCUUUAUGCAGAAAAUAGCACAAAUGCCCCUCGAAGAGAAAAUAAUUGUGAUCAAUCAAGGAAAAAGAAAAAGGAAAACUACAGAGGUUGCUGAGCAAUCUGAUGCAAGUAUCCCACAAGCUAAGCAAAGUCAACCACCAAAGCCACCUAGGAAAGUUAGGCAGUUUCGGAUGACAGUGCUGCAACAACACACCCCAGAUCCUUCACCUGAAACCGAAUCAACAAAUGUAAUGUCAGCCACUGAAACAGGAACUAAAGGUGUGAAACGGAAAGCUGAUACCACUACUGCAAUUCUCACAGCAAGCAGUGAAUCUUCUCCUGCGCCAAACGAACCCAAAAUUUCAAAGAUCAUCUCCAGAGAAGUAUGUGAAGAGCUUCCAACAAAAAAAGGCUUGCCGGAUUCCCAGCACCCACCUGAACCCACAAAAAAUAUUAAGCUCACGGAAUCAUUGAAAUACUGUAAUGAGAUCCUUACAGAAAUGUUUUCAAAGCAGCAUGAAGCUUAUGCCUGGCUUUUUUAUAAACCGAUAGAUGUUACAGCCCCAGGGCUUGAGGAUUAUAAUGAUGUUGUGAAAUGUCCUAUGGAUCUUGGAACUAUUAAAAAGAAAAUGGAAAACAAUGCGUAUAAAGACACACAAGAAUUUGCCGCUGAUAUUAGGCUAAUGUUUAUGAACUGCUACAGAUAUAGCUCUCCUGACCAAGAGGUGGUGACUAUGGCAAGGAAACUUCAGGAUGUUUUUGAGAUGCACUUUGCCAAAAUUCCCGACGAACCAACAUCUCAUAAACCUCUCUUGUACUCCACUGCAAGGCCAAUGGUAUCUAUUUCUAGUGAAAGCAGCAGUGAUGCCUCUUCUGAGGACUCGGAUGAAGAAAGAGCAAGACGACUUACGGAGCUCCAGGAUCAGCUUAAGGCUAUUCAUCAACAAUUGCAAGCUUUGGCUAAAACUGCAUUACCCAGACUGAAAAGGAGGAAGAAAGGAAAAUCUCAGAAGGAUAAAAGAAAAAACAAAGUCAAAAACAAGUAUGACCGUCAAAAGAAGAGAAAGAUGAAGCAAAUGAAGAGACUGAAGAAGAAAAUGUCUUUGAACAUUUGUUCAAAGAAAAUCAAGCAGCAAGAUGAGCCAAUGUACAAGUCUGAAGAUGACGAAAGUGCCAAGCCUAUGAGUUAUGAUGAAAAGAGGCAGUUAAGUUUGGACAUAAAUAAACUCCCAGGAGAAAGGCUUGGCAGAGUGGUCCAUAUUAUUCAGUCAAGGGAACCUUCACUGGGACACUCAAAUCCGGGUGAAAUAGAAAUAGACUUUGAAACUCUCAAAGCGUCAACAUUAAGGGAACUGGAGAAAUACGUAAUGGCUUCUUUGAGAAAAAGACCCAAGAAACAUUAUGCUAAAAAAUCAAAGGAGGAAUUUAAUUUUGAGAAGAAGCAAGAAUUAGAAAGGAAGCAGGUGGACGUCAGUGGACAACUUAGCUCUAAGAAACUGAGUACAUUAUUUUGUUCAGUUCUCCCCAAUUUUGCAGCUGAAAAUAAUGCCGUGCUAUCGAAUAUUGGAGGAUCAAGCCGACUGAGUGAAAGCAGCAGUAGCAGCAGUUGUAGCAGUAGUACCUCCUCUGACUCGGAAAGCACCAGUGGAAAUUCCAGUUCUUCGGACAGCAGUGAUUCUGAAUCAGAAACAUGUUUAAACCAAAAUGGAAAUGGGAAAAGAGGUCUGUUUUGCAGAGAACAACUUAAGCUGCCACUGCUCCAUUCACGGACAUCCAGCAAUAUUGUUUCCCAAGUUCAGAACAUUUCAUAUAUUAGCAAACAGUCUCAAAGACCAACAGGAGCAAGAUUCCACCAACAGAUAUCGCAACAUUCCCAGAUGGUGCAGCGUAGCCCUCUAAAGCUUCGAGAGCAACACACCCUUUCACCCGCAGGUAUAGUAGCUGUUGUGUCUCCUCUGCCCUGCACUCCUGUUCAAGAAGCAUCUCCAAAUGACUUACUGGACACUGACCAACCUAUUAUUUCGCCUGGUCACUUACUUCCACAGGUUUCUUGUUCUUCCUCACCAAAUAUCCCACUGGGUGAUAACAAAGAAAUUGGGAAAAGGUCAUUCCAUCAAACACAACCAUCUCCUGUCUGCACUACAACCUCUGUACCAUCUGCUGACUCAUAUCCUAUUAAUCAACCAAAAAAACCAAAGAAUAGUUUUCCAGAUGGUCUGUGUGGGCAACGUAUGACUGAUUCUACACAUGCCACUGUUUCAGCGAGCUGCUCUGAUAAAUGCGAGGGAGAGAAAAAAAGAGAUGCUAAACCUCAAAUUUCUGUAGCAAAGGACAUAAAAGUCAAGCAUGCAGAGUCAUGGACAAAUUUAGGUAAAAUAAUACCUACUCCAGCCCCAAUCAAAUCCUCCAGCGAAAGUUUCAGGCAGUUCCAAAAAGUAGCACUAGAAAAAGAAGAAAGUGAGUGGGCAAAGGAGAGAAGAAGACAAUUGGAGCAAGCUGAGAGGAAACUGAAAAACCUCCCACAUGAAAAAGAGAGAAACAAUGGACAGGCAAACCUGAAACCCACUGCAGUAAAAGAACAUUCUUCACCUGCAAAAGGAGAAACAUCUAUCAAAGAGAAACUGUGUUUACCACAAAGUUUUAUUGUGGACCGUAACUUAGCAAGAAAAAUGGAACAAGAACGCAGGAGGAGAGAAGCACUUACCGGAACCAUUGAUAUGACAUUGCAGAGUGAUAUUAUGACAACAUUUGAAGAAAACCUAUAUUGAGAAGAUAAGGAACUCUGUUAGUUCUUUUAAAAGUCAACAUGGAUUCCAGAAAACAUUCAAGACCUUUUGCUUUUUUGUUAAAAUAUGUUUGAGUAAAAUAUCUUCAUAUGUUAUGUUUUUGCUUUAUAAAAUGUGUACCAUUACAACCAUAAAAGUAUGAGUAAAUCUUUGGUGUAUAGUCAAUUAGUAAAUCUUUUUGGCAGUUUUCUAAUCAUAAUCACAAAGGAACAACUCCUCCUCCUCCUCCAGCUACUAGCAAACUACUUCUAUCUUUAAAGAAGGCUUUAUUUUAUGUGUGUUGCUCAUUAAGCAAAGGUAUUGUUUUGGAAAUUCAGACUUGGUAUUGAAAUGCAUUUGCAACAGAUGAACUAUCUCUUUUUUUGUAUUUACUGAACUAACAUCUGUCUGUGUACAUGGAAGUACACAAUUGUGAUGACACAUUUUAUAUAUAACGUUAACAUUUUGACAAAUGUGUCUGCAGGUUAAUUUCUGUUUUUACAUUGUUUUCAAAUUAAUGUGUUUAAAAUGAAAUGCUUUUCAGUUCACAUAACACUUGCCACUUGAAAAAUAAUAUACUUGCCAUGUGCUAUGCAUUUUUUCUCUAGUAAAGAAGAAAUCCUGUAAAUAUGUAGUCAUUUCUUAACAUUUCAUUUUCAUGUAUAUUUUUACUUUUGACUUUCUUUUGGACUUUGGCCUGCAGCAUUUUGCAUACGAUGCCAGUCUGCCUUAAAUUUUUACCUUUCAAAUUAUAACAAUAGAUUUCUAAAUUCCUGAAACCUCUUGCCAAAUUUUGAUCAGGUAUGGGGAACAUUUUGUCCUCCACAUGUUGAAUCGCAUCACCCUCAGGUAAAAAGGCCAUGUUGAGGGAUGAUAGAAUUUGCAGUCCAGUGCCUUUUCCUACACCAGAUUUAGAUUUUUCAUUCAUCUCUGGAUUCCCUGACUGCUUUCUGAAGGGCUUUCAACUCUUCAGCCCAUGAAACUCAAUAAAUUGCUGCUAAAAGAAAAAAA